UUUGGAUUCAUAUCACAACACAACUUGGGUCCCUCCCGGUUUCCUCCUCUGUCUUCGUCCCGGACAAAACCACAGCGAACCAACCUCUCCUCCUCCUCCUUCCUCCGGCGGAUCUCAUCUUCUCAUCCCACCAAGACCACCGAGAUCUCGUCUUCACAUCCUAGCGGCGCGAGCAAGGGAGGAGACGCGCUCGCUCGCUCCACCGUCAGCAACCAAGCCAGGCAAAGGGCGGCGAUGACGUUCGACAAGGUGGAGGAGCUCCGGCCGGGCACCUACGGCCACAACCUGCAGCUCCGGGUGCUCAGCGCCAAGCCCGUCGUGCUCCACAGGCCGCAGGGCGGCCGGGCCGGCGGCAACAUGCGCAUCGCCGAGUGCAUCGUCGGCGACGACACCGGCGUCGUCGUAUUCACCGCACGCAACGAGCAAGUGGACAUCAUGAAGCCCGGGGCGGUCGUGGAGGCGAGGAAGGCGAGGGUGGACAUGUACAAGGGGUCGAUGCGCCUGGCGGUGGACAAGUGGGGGACGCUCAAGGCUGCUGAGAGCCCCGCGGACUUCAAGGUGAAGGAGGACAACAACGUGUCCUUGGUCGAGUUUGAGCUCAUCACCGUGAUGCAGUGAUUGAAGAGGGCUCCUCCUCGCCUAGGAGGAGGAGGAGGCAGAGGAGGCUCAGCAGCUGCUAGGCUGAGCACAAAGCAAUAAACCGGCCAAAAUCAUGGCUCUUGUUCUCCACCCCCCCUUCCCCCUCUCUCUGUUUACUGUUUAUUUGCUGGAAGUUUUGCUAGUCCUGCUACCUUUGGAUUAACUGUCAUUAGUAAUACUAUAUAUGUUUGUGAGGAGUUGCAUCCAGAUUGUUGUGAGUGAGUCCUGCUAUACCCCUUUGUGUUAGACCUGGUAUAUCAAUUAACUGAUUAUGUUAA